CAUGGCGAACGGCCAGGAGAUUCGCCGCGCUAAACGCAUUUUUAUUAACAACAUCGAUUCAUACUCGUCGAAAUACAUUGCCAAGUACCUGUCCACCUGCGUUGUUGGGGAGUCUCUCGAACACACUGGAGAGGAAGAUGAGAAAGUUUCAAAAAAGGAAGAUAACUUGCAGGAUGACCAAUUUCAAAUCGUUGGAACCAUUACAAGUAAAGAUGAGAAGACUAAACGUUUUGCGCUUGAAGAAUACUCGGCUUUAAAUCGAGAUGAGCUUCUUCACCGUUUUAUGGAAUGUGAUAUCAUUGUGUACAAUAUCUCGGAGGAUGCUGAUGUGACUGAUGAAGCUACGUGGGCCAUUUCAGCCCUCCACAGUGAAAUUGAACACUUUGGUUUUCCCAAGAUAUUCAUUUUGGUGUCAACGUUAAUGACCUGGGCAAUGACUAAACCAGCUGAUCCUGAUGACCCCGAAAUGCCUUUGACUGAAGAUGACUAUAGACGGAGAAGGCCACAUCCCAACUUUAAAGAACAAACUAGCGCGGAGAAACUAGUCCUGAAGUUAGGGAAAACGAAAAAGUCCAAGCUAGCCACUUAUGUUGUGGCAGCAGGCCUGCAGUACGGAAUGGGUGAGGGAAUACUCCACUACUUCUUCAAGGGAUCUUGGCUUGGAGAGUGGAACAGCAUCCCUAUUUUUGGUCCAGGCACUAAUGUUAUUCCUGCCAUCCAUGUCUACGAUCUGGCUGGGAUAGUGCAAAAUGUAAUUGAUCACAGACCCAAAAAACACUACUUUAUUGCUGUGGAUGACUCCAAGAAUACAUUUGAAGGUAUUGUAAAGGCCAUUGCAUAUGUUUUGGGUCCUGGAGAAGUUAAGACAGUCCCCAGAGACAAUGCAUAUCUCACAGAGGCACUAACGCAAGCUGAUCUAGAUUGCCUGAGUAUAAACCUCCGGUUUGAGCCAGUUUUCCCAAAAGAGACACUCAGCGUGCGCUGGGUGUGUGAAUCUGGAUUUACUGACAACAUCAGCCGUGUUGUGGAGGAGUACAAAGAAUGCAGGCAGCUUAUACCCCUCAAGAUCUGUCUCCUUGGCCCCCCUGCUGUUGGGAAGAGUUCAGUGGCAGCAAAACUAUGUAACCAUUAUAAGCUUCCUCAUAUUAAAGUCAAAGAGACCAUUGAGGAGAAAAUCAAACAUCUGGAAGAAAUGCUUCAAUUGAGUUAUGGGGGAAAUGAGAGUGAUGAAGCAUUUCAGGUGGCCCAGGAGCUGCUGGACUCUCUGAAGGACAGUCUGUCUCAGAAUGGACAAGUUGAUGACCAGAAUGUUUUACGGGUCAUCAGAGAGAAACUUAACUCAAAGCCUUGUAGAAAUCAAGGGUUUGUUUUGGAUGGUUACCCCAAUACAUCUGAGCAAGCUAAAGAUCUUUUUUAUGAUGAAGACAUGGAACUGGAACAGUUGAGAUCCAAACUGCAGCCUUUUAACAAAAAGAUAAUACCAGAGUAUGUCAUCUCUCUGGAUGCCACUGACGAAUUUCUGAAAGAGCGGGUGCGGAACCUUCCACAGAGUGUUGCAGAGAGCAUGCACUACACUCAGGAUGAGUUUCUGCAGCGCCUCUCAAAAUUCAGGGAGGAAAACACAGAGGAUGAAACGGUGCUUAACUAUUUUGAUGAGCUAGAGAUCCACCCCGAGCACAUAAAUAUCAACAGCAUCAAUGACACUGAGAAUGAGGCUGUGAUUAAGAAGAUAGUCCAGAUAGUGGGAAAGCCGAUGAACUAUGAUCCCACCCCAGAGGAACAGGCAGAAGAAGAGCAGAAAAGGGCUGUGGAGAUGCACCAGCAACUCCUGCAGGAGGCAGCAGAGAGUGUGUGCAGGGAGGCUGAAGAAAAGGCCAGAAUGACUGCCGUCCUAGAGGAAUGGAACAGAAAUGUGACGGAGGUGAAAAAGCAAGAGAAGGAGCUAUUAGAGACACGCUCUAUUCCCCUGAGACACUACCUGAUGAAGAAUGUCAUACCAACGCUCACCGAGGCCCUACUCGAGUGCUGUAGAGCAAAGCCUGAUGAUCCCGUUGACUUUUUGGCAGAAUAUCUUUUCAGGAACAACUUGGAAGACUAGUCAUCCACUCUUGGCUAGAGCUACAAUGGACAAAAGGAAUGUGAUUUUCUAACUUCCUGUUGUUAAUGCUUUUUUUCCCCACUGUAUUUAUGUAAUGUGUUUCCACAUCUUAUAGUCAUGAAAAAUCAAGGACUCUUUAUAUCCUCCAGUGUUUGAGCAGUAACAACAAACUGUUUUUAGGUAUUCUGUGGUCAGAGAAAGUGAAAUUGUAAAUUGAAAUAUGCAUUUUUGGAUUUUCUUGCAUUCAAAGCUUCAAGAGUGAAUGUGCAAAUAUAAUGCCAUGGCUUAAAUCAUUUGGUUGCAAGAAUUCAAACAGAGAUGCAUUUAUUUCAGUUUUUAAACACUGUAAUAUUACUAAAAAUCAAUGAUUAUUUAAAGUGUGCGUUACUUUAAUAAUUUAAGUAAUUUUUAUAUUUACUCCUCCCCCCCCAAUUCACUGCAUCAUGGAGAAAUCCUAUAUAAGUUUGGGGUAGCACUUCAUGUUGAUUUAUAAUUUAAGUCUCAUACAAAUAACCCUACAUUAUUUAGCCUUAUUUAAUUUAUAUUAGCUUCCUAUUAAUUCAGAACUUAAAUAUUAAAUGUCAAGUUCAUAAACCUAUUGUUACAAUUAGCACUAUAAAAUACUACAUAUCAUCACCGUCUUACCCUGCCUGUGGGUGGCCUUACCUUUUUCCUUACACUUGGACCCUUUACCAGAGGCCUGGGAGUUUGAGGAUGCGGCACAGCAUUUUUGCUAUUCCCAGGAUUGUACUCUUCUGGACUGAGAUUGACAUUGUCAUUCCUGGGAUCAACUGAAGCCACUCUUUCAGGUUAUGGCUCACAGCCCCAAGUGCCCUAUUACUGGGACAACCUGGGUGGUACUGUCCAUAUUGUCUGUCUUUCUUCCUUCAGUUUCUGGUAUUUUUUGCAGUGUUUUAUAUUACAUCAUUUGGAUGUUUCCAUCAUUGGGACUGCCACAUGUAUCACCACUGGUUUUCUGCAUCUUAUCUACUGUCACAAUUUCCAGCUGGGAAAUGGAACUGGUCAAAUAUAUGUGUGAGUGUGUGUAAAUUAUAUAAUUUUAGGAUAAUAUUUCACUAAAUUAUCAUUUGGAUCUAUGCCUUGUGGAACUCUUGGGGUGAGGGGGAUCUAUUUUUGUGCCCAAAAUAACUUUAUAGAAUAUUUGAAUAGAAAGGUCAGAGUUUCUUUAGCAUAGGAU